CCCCGGACGCGCGACAGAGCGCCACCCAUCCCAAACUGUGGCCGUGGAGCUCCCCAGCUCCAUCCUCCCUUUCUCUCCCCUUCCCUCCUGCCCGUCCCUAGGAUGGCCACCCCCACCAAGGCCCGUCGGGGCAGGGCAGGGCAGCCCAGCCUCUGGAGGAGGCGGCACCGGGGAGGAGCUAGAGAUGCAGCCGGAUUCGCGCUAGGUUGUCUCCGCGGCCACCGCCGGCCCCAAAGUAGCCAAGAGCGCACGAUAGACGGAGGGAGCUUCUCCGGCAGCGGCUGUUCCUGACACUAUGUAGGUACUACCAAUGAUAUGGUACAAUUUGAAUACAUCACUUUGUGGGCAAAGCUACUACAGUGGACUGCCAGUGAUCUUGGUUUUAGCUCAGGGGAGGAAGAAGUAGUGAAUUGUAUAGCCUUUCAAAAGACUUGGAAUAAAUCCAGACUCAGGUAGAUCGCACAUUGGAACAGAUGGAUAAUGGAGACUGGGGAUAUAUAAUGACUGAACCAGUCACUCUAAACGUGGGUGGACACUUGUAUACAACGUCGCUCACCACACUCACAAGGUAUCCCGAUUCGAUGCUGGGAGCCAUGUUCAGGGGAGAUUUCCCCACUGCCAGGGAUUCUCAAGGCAAUUACUUCAUUGACAGGGAUGGACCACUUUUCCGCUAUGUUCUCAACUUUUUACGGACAUCAGAGCUGGCUCUGCCUCUGGACUUCAAGGAAUUUGACCUGCUUCGGAAAGAAGCAGAUUUUUAUCAGAUUGAACCCUUAAUACAGUGUCUUAAUGACCCCAAACCUUUGUAUCCAGUGGAUACCUUUGAGGAAGUAGUGGAGCUUUCCAGUACCCGCAAGCUUUCAAAAUAUUCGAACCCAGUGGCGGUGAUCAUAACACAGCUAACCAUUACGACCAAGGUCCAUUCAUUGCUGGAAGGCAUUUCCAACCAUUUUACCAAAUGGAAUAAGCAUAUGAUGGACACUAGAGACUGCCAAGUUUCUUUUACAUUUGGGCCAUGCGAUUACCACCAGGAAGUCUCUCUCAGAGUCCAUCUGAUGGAGUACAUCACAAAGCAAGGCUUCACCAUCCGAAAUACAAGGGUCCACCACAUGAGUGAACGAGCCAAUGAAAAUACAGUUGAACACAACUGGACUUUCUGUAGACUGGCACGGAAAACAGAGGACUGAUUUCCCCUUCUUCCCCAAUUUUUCGUUUACUCUCCAGAAGUGAAGUAGCAGCUUCUCAGAACAAUGUAUUAGAGACUGAAGUCUGGCUUUCACUUAAGCGACAAUGGAGGCUCUCUCUCUCAAUAUAUAUGUAUGUAUGUAUGUAAUUGUUUUGAAUAUUUAUUAUUGAUUCUUAAUGACUGGAGAAUGAACAUGCUCUGGCCUCUCGCCUUCUGUCAUGUUGUGAGGAACUUAUGCAUGUGCCUGCUCAUUCUGUCAAGACACGCCUUUUUAAAAAAAAACAAAAACAAAGGAUGAAGCAAGAGGGCAUCCUUGAAAAAAUUGCAGAAUAGCUACAUUAGGAUACUUUUUUCCCUGUGGUGUUCAUACAAUACAGUGUAAAGUGCUAAACAUCACCUCCUGUUUUAUCCUGUGUUUAAUCUGUCCUAGUAAGAUAACCACUGGGAACAUUCCAGAGGAUCCAGUUCAGCAUGGACUUCUCAUGCGCAAAGCCAAACUGUAAAGAAUAGGAACAGUUGAAGAGAAGUUUGUGGAGCUCCUUCUGGACUGCACCCAGAAUUGUUAAAGUGCAGUUGGAGAGGAAACAGUGCCAUCAUGCAUUCUAACCCAGUUUUCAUAAUCCAGUAACCAAGCAGUAUUAUAAUGAUGUAGGUACCAACAAACCUCUGAGAUCAACCUCUGCUCCUGGUUUUAUUUUCAACAGUACAACAUUUUACAGUUAUGACAACUGUUUCUUUCUAUGCAUUAUAAAUCAAGCAACCAAAUAUUAUCUAUGGCUAUGAAAAUACAAUUAGAAGUAUUUAUACUGGAUUUGGAAUGCAAAAACAUCCCUGCUGUAGGACUCUAAAUUUUUUAAUGCCUGGUGCAAUAUUAUUCCUAAGUGUAAUGCUUGUCAGCAAGAAACUAAUAAAAACAUGAAACGUGGAAGUCA